CCGGCGACGGCAUCUGAGGGAGGGGUGGGGCCGCCUCACUGGUGGGCGCCCCGCCUGGCAGGCCCUGCUCCUGUACCGCCGCACCCUUGGCCCCGAGGGACCAUCGCUCGCCUCCCUGCGACCGCUGGCUGCGCGGUUGCUCGCUGGGCUAUGGGUUUCUCUCCCCGGCUCCCCUCCCCCAUUCCCGUCGCCCCGCCCCCGCUGGGCCGGGCGGCGGGGUCAGGGGCCGAGCGGAGCCGGUUAUCAUUUAGUAUGGAAGAAGAUGAAUUCUUUGGAGAAAAAACAUUCCAGCAUUAUUGUGCAGAAUUCAUUAAACACUCACAGAAGAUAGGCGAUGGUUGGGAAUGGAGAACUUCGAAGGACUAUUCUGAUGGCUACAUGUGCAAAACACAUUUUCAAAUUAAAAAUGGGACUGCGGUGUCACAUCGAGGAACAUCCGCCCACGUACAGACAUGUCUUCCCGUGGAGGAGGCUCUAGAGCCACCCCUGGAUGACUUUGAGCUGACCGAGACCACCACGGCAACCGAAGUGAUUAAAUAUGAGUAUCAUGUCUUAUAUUCCUGUAGCUACCAAGUGCCUGUGCUUUACUUUAGGGCAAGCUUUUUAGAUGGAAGCCCUUUAGCUCUGAAGGACAUAUGGGAAGGAGUUCAUGAGUGUUAUAAGAUGCGGCUGCUGCAGGGACCAUGGGACACUAUUACCCAACAGGAGCAUCCAAUACUUGGACAACCCUUUUUUGUACUUCAUCCCUGUAAGACGAAUGAAUUCAUGACUCCUGUGUUAAAGAAUUCUCAAAAAAUCAAUAGGGUUUCCUCUCCAGCUAAUACAAUGCAAAGCCCCUUCAAUCGGAAACAAGACUGGUUAAAGCUGCUACACGUCAGUCUCCUACACUCUGCUUUUGUGCGAUCUUGGAAAAACCACUUCACCUCUUUGGUCCUCAGAUUCUUCAUGUGCACCAUGAGGAAGCUCAGCCAUGUGACGUGUGCGGCCCGCCCGGCUCUCGGGUCUGUGAAAUCGGGAGAAGUCUGGAGAGCGGGACUGUGAGGUUGGUUUGCUACUAGCUGUGUGGCUCGAGCUAAUUUUCUUAAUCUCCUUUAGUCUGCUACCACUUCUGUUUUUAAAAGUCCAUUAAUAUCAAUUCCACUCACCUAACAGGGGCAUAGAGAUCAAAACGGUGAGUCUGAAUGUGCUUCCUAACUAACGCAGUGCCAAGCGGGGUCAGGGGGAGAGCGGGCAAUGGGCCCUGCGUCCUACCUGCCCCUUCCCACCUCAGCUCAGGCCCGACUCCUUCCCAGGCGCGUGGGCUGCUGGUCAGGCACGCCUCCUCUGCCACAGCCUGUCUGACGGUCCAUCGCUCCUGCGGGCUCUCGCCUGGAAAGGUUUCCUUCCCCAUCUCUCCGCCCGAUUCUCAACCUGCCCCGCGUGAUUCACUCUUUACAAAGCCAUCUCUGAGCACCACAGCACCUACUAGUGGACCUCUCCUUUUGUUAUCACUGUACUUAGCCAUAGAGGCAUUUAAUUGUCUCCUUUUUACUCUGAUUUGAUGGAUAGUAAGUAACUUACUGAGCCAGUUUUUGGGUAUGUUGUAAGGUGGCAUGCAGGAAGCGGUGCUGUCUGCGCCUCGUAAGUGAUGCCAGGAAUGCUCUCAGUCUGGGGACCCGAGUGGGUGGGCUAGUUCUUUGAGUGACCAUGGACAGGCCAGAGGCUGUGCUGACCAUCAAGUACUAGCCUACAGGCUGGAGGUUAAGAAAAUGAAACUACAAAAAAAAGAAAGAAAGAAAGAAAGAAACUAUCACCCCCCCCCCAGCCAAAAUGCAUAAGAUAAAGAGGAAAAAAAGUCAGAAGUGGGUUUUUGCAUCCAUUUCUCCCAAGAUAGGUAUAGUUUCUCUUCAUACUCUCAAGAUAUUAGGAAAUGAAGAUCUGCAUUGUCACGACUAGCUUUUACAUAAUUCAGAGAGCUGAUAAUCCAGUGAGUUGGAAUUUUGCGGCGAUUAAAAUGUGAGAGUAAGAAUAUGCAAAUAUUCACUUCGGCAGAUACUUAUUGAGUUCCUCUUAUGUGCUGAGCCCUAGGCUAGGUGGCAGGGGUAGUAAACUGAGAGCCUUGACCCAGCUCAUAUGAAUGCGCCAGUUCAGUGGAGAGGACGGACAAGGAGAAGAUUCAGGGAUAGGACGAUGUGUGCUGUGGCAGAGGUGUGGAAAGCACGCACCAGGGAAGAUUUGCAGAAGACGUAUGUGAGUAGAGUUGUGAAAAGCUUAGGAUUUAGCCAGGUCAAGAAUGGAGGAAAGAAAGACCUUGAGGUGCAUAUGGGGAAGUGGUAAAGAGUGAGGCUGGCUAGCAGGACUGGGGCCAGGUCUGGAGGAGCCUUUAUUGCCACACUGAUGAUUUGUAUUUGGCCUGAAAACCACAAAGAGCUGCUGAGGGAAUUCAAGUAGAGCAGUUAAAGUGAUCAUAUUUGUAUUUUAGAAAGAACUUGUAUUUUUAAAAUGACUAAUCACACAUACACUUUGUUGUUGUUGUUUUUUUUACCAGCAAGUACUUGUCCACAAACUUUAGAAGAUACAUGAGUACAGAAAGGGCUGGGAGUAUGUCAAGGACAAUUUUUGAAUUUUGCCUAGCACCUUUCAAAGCAAAACCUGCCAGUGUCCUGAAAAGUCUGAAUCCUGGUUUACUGUGUUACUUGGGGCAAGUCACUGCACCUCUCUAAACCUCUGUUUCCUAAUGUAUUAAAUGGAAGUAAGGGUAUUAGAUCAAGCAAAAUCAGUUUAUUGGAUUAUGAACAGUAUUUUUUUUAUGAAAUAGAAUAUGUCUAGGAAAAGCAUUCCCUGUGUUUCCUUUACAGUCGCAAUACUGUCAUACUCACAGCACAUCUGACACUAGAUGUUAUGGGUUUUCCACACAUCAGACAAGUCUGCAACACCAGCUAACUGUUCAGUUCAGUUCUCACACCAUCUACCUGAAGUUAGUAUCAGAUCCUUCAGGUUAAGUGUUCAGUCCCACAAGACUGCCCUACUAAAGAUACCAGUUGCAAGUUCCAGAUCGUUACCUGUAUUUCUAACUGACCAGCUAUAAAUCUGGGUUCCAGUGAUCCCCUCCUGGGGUUCAAUAAUCUGCUGCAAUGACUCAUAGUACUCAGGAAAACACUUAUAUAUGCUUAUUGGUUUGUUAUAUAACAAAGGAUAUGAUAAAGGAUACGGAGGAAGAACAGCACAGGUGAGGUCCAGAAGGAUCCCAAGUGCAGGAAUUUCUGUCCCCAUGGAGUUGGGGCACACCACCCUCUUGGCAUAUAGAUGUGUUCACCAACGUGGAAGCUCUCUGAACCAUGUACCUGUGGAAUUUUUAUGGAGGUUGCAUCACGUAGGCAUGCUCAAUCAUUAACUCUGCUUCUAGCCCUUCUCCCUUCCUGGAGUAUGGGGGAUGGGGCUGAAAGUUCCAAGCUUUUAAUCAGGGCUCAGUCUUCCUGGUGACCAGCUCCCAUCCCGAAGCUAUUCAGGAGCCCAACAAGAGUCAACCCAUUAGAACAGAAGCCACUCCUGUCACCCAGGAAAUUACAAGGGUUUUAGGAUAGGAGCUCUGUGCCAGGAACCUGGGGCAGAGACCAAUGUAUAUUUUCUAUUAUUUCACAAAUACAUAGAAAAAAGUGCAUUGCACAUAGUGGGGGUAUCAUUGUUUUGUGAAACUUUGAUUUCAACUAGAUACAUAGAAAAUCAGUGUCUAUGGUGUGUGUGUGUGUGUGUGUGUGCUCACUCUAGGUUGUGAUGUAAAUGUAUCUCUAACUCCAGAGAGCAGUCGGAGCUUUGAAAACUAAUAGACAAAUAAGCUCCCUUCCAAUUCUAAGACCUCGGAUUCCUUUCUUAUGCUGCCGACCAGUAAGUUGCUAAAGGUUGCUCUAGAAGGUAUAGGGAGUACUUAACUAUUAGCAUGCCCAUGGAACUGGGCUACUUUGAUAUGCACAUAGGUUCCUGAAGUGCCCCUUCUGGAUUUUUGUAGGGCUUGUCUGUAAAAGUGCUGUCACAUUUUUAUUCUUAAAUUUUGUAGCGUUCUUUAAAGCAGUUCUGUAAUGUAAAGCCCUUGCUUUUCUCUUUGUGUUGUCAAUAGCGACACCUAGUGGUAAAAGAGCCAUAUUGCAAAUAUCUUGUAUUCUAGGCUAGUAGAGCUGAAAAGCAAUUUUAGAGAUCAAGUCCCAUUUUGUAAAUUACUAAAAACAAAGUGGAAACCCACAUGUACUCCUAUAUUCAUAUAAACUUUACAUGAAUAAAUAAGACCUGUGGCUAGGUGGUGAUUUCUUGGGUUACUUUAAAGCUUUUCAAAUACCCAGAGAUCACUGUUAGUUAUAACUGUGAGGCAGAAAUUUAACAAAGCCUGCCCUGAUAAGCUAACAGGAAAUCAUAGUUCAGUAUAUCUACAGCCUUUGGUGCAUUGGUAUUUACACGUGCAUGCCAGAUCUUCAGGGUUUAGUAUGGUGCCUGGCACUUGGUAGUACUCAAUAAAUCUUCAUGGAAUGUCUGUGUAUGUGGGUGAUCACUGAGCCCAGGGGAAGCUUCCCAUGGUCUCCUUUGUGCAGACGCUGAGAAGUGGACCUGCUUUCCUCCUGCAAACUGCCACUCCUCUAUCCUUCGAGAAGAUUCCUUUCCCCUGCCACCAGCAGCAGAGCAGGAUGAGGUUUCCACAGCCCCUCCUUCAAUAGGUUCAGAGAGAGACUACCCAAGCCCUUUCCUGCACAUUGAUAGGGAGAUGGUUAAAUAAAAUGUGGCAAUGUAUAGUAUAGUUAAGGGGAGUGAAUUCAUCCCCAUGUAUCAAAACAGGCAAUUCUCAUAGAACGUUGAGUUAAAACAGAAAACAAAAACUAGAUGCUACCUAUGCAUGCCACUUAACACUAUUUGUAUCAAAAAUACGCUAAUAUCACACAUUUUCUGUAGUACAUAUACAGUAUAUGUAUAUAAAAACAUUAAAAUGGUCUAGAAGGACACACACAAAACUUGUAAGAGAGAUAAUUACCUCAGAGGUGGAGAGUGGGAACUUGGAUUGGAAGUGAUCAAAGAAGACUUGGGCUCUUUUUUAAUGCAGUGUACACUUAUGUAUCCAGAAAGUGCAAAACCAAAAAUUCAUUUUAAAAAAAGAUUCUAGUCCUUAUAGAUAACCUGGAAGUCGCAGAAAAAUUUGAAGGAGAAAAUUUUAAAUGUACUUGUGUUUAUAAGCCAGCAAUACCACAGUUAAAAUUUUGAUAUAUUUUCUUGCACUGCUUAGGAUCAUUUCUUGUAGUGAAUUAGGAUCAUUCUGUAUAUGGUUUUAUACCCUGAAUUUUCCCACAACAUUUUACGUGCAACAUUUUCCUAUGUCAUUUAACGUUCCUUGAAAAAAAAAAACUUGAAAUGACUAGGACUUCUUUUACAUCAAAAUGCACCAAAUAGUUUUAGGGCUUUUAGGUUGUUUCUAAUUCUUCACUGUUUAUUUAACAUGCAUUCAUUGAGCACUUAUUUCCUGCAUGGUCAGGACCUGUGUGCUAGGGAUAUAGUGUUCAGCAGGGCAGAAGAAGCUCCCCCUCCCUGCAGAGCUUUCAAAUGUAAUGUAAGAUAUGUGUGCAGAAAGAGUUGCUCACAUUUCUGUUUCUUUGGAUUACACUGUUACUAAGGGAAUGCAGGGAUCAAAGGAUAUGGCAUGUUUUAAGAUUUUUGAUUCAUGUGGCUAAACUGCUUUACCAGUGAGGCUAUACCAAUUGACAUUCCCCAAAGCAGACUGUGUUUUACCAUUUCCUAAAAUCAAUGAAAAUGAUUUUAGUUUACUGUGCUUUUAUUAUUGAACUAGUCACUUUUCUCAUCUAGGCUUGCUAAAAUUUGCAUGGAUUCUCAGCUUUGUUUCUUCCUGAUGUGCUAUAUACAUCUCAGUGCUCCUUGGGUUAGUUUCCAGCUUAUUGUCUGUUCACUUGGUUGUUCCACAUCUUCAUUUUGCCCCUGUCAGAGCUGACUAUAGGGGUUCUAGUACGACUGAAGAGUAUGGCAGUUAAGCAAUUGGGACAUGUAUGUAAUUAAAAAAAAUUAUUAUGGGGAAUUUCAUACUUACCCAGAAGUAAAAAAAAUAGUACAAUGAUCCUUAAUGUACCUAUAAAUCCCAGUCAGCAAUUUCCAAGAUUUUUGCCAUAUUCGCUUCAUUUAAUCCUUUUUAAAAACUUUAUAUUUGCUUAAAUAUUUUAAAGCAAACACAGACGUUGAGUCAUUUGUUUUUACAAGCACAGACUGCACAUUUUUUAUUUGAUCUAUUCUGUCAAGUUUUACUUCAGUCUUAGUUUUUAAAACAUCUUUGCGUUUCUGUCCUCUGCUUUUAUUCCUGAGGGUGGGGCUUUAUACCCUCUUUCUGCGUCUGCAUUUACCAGUGACACGGGGGAGCUUUUCUCUAAGAUGGCCCACUGCUGCAUAAUUAGCUGAGCUGGUGCUAUCAGAGCAGCGUGUGACAUGUGCAGGGUGCGGGUUCUGCAGCCUGGGUCGUGCGUCCACAGAGCCUCACCACACUGGGGACCUUUCAUACCUGAUGUCAAGCCACGGGCAGCUGCUCACGACUGCUCUCAGCUGGGAUUACACUGGAAAAUUAUGUAAUAAUUAUGUAAUAACCUGCUCACUGUUGUACAACUUUAAAUAGUAGCUGGUUUUUUUGCAAGAAACCCCUUCAAAAAUCUGAAAAAAGUAUAGACCCCCUUUUCAGAAAAAUGUAUGUGUGGUUGUGUGUGUGUGUGUGUGUGUAUGUACUCAUAUAAGCACGGGUACAUAUUUAUAUCAGAAAUUUUUACAUACAGUUUUAGGAGGUUCCUAGAUCCUCUAAAAUCUAAUCCUAGAUCAAGACUCUUGGCCAAUAAACCUCAUUCACAAUGGCUUUCUUCCAUUAUACACACACAUACACACACACACACACACACACACCCCUUAUGUUAUGUCAUGGGCAGUAGGAAGAGGGGUAUGGUGACAGGGAAAAAAAAACUACCUAAUUAUAACCAUAAGAAAAUAUGUAAAAUAUAGAAUGAACAAAGUGAACUAAUGUAUGUACUGGAAUUAAAAUUCUAAGGAAAUACUUGGAAUCUAUCAGGAACCUGAGGAGGGGCAGUGUGAUCCAACUUACCUGCAAACAUGCACAAAAACAGAAUACCUGAAGCUGUCAAGCUAUAUAGAAAAAAUAUAUCUUCUUAUAAACUGGAUAAACAAAUUCACAAAGCUGUUGGGGGAGAAAGAUAUGACAAAACAAUCUAUUUCAUGUCAUUGUUUCCAAAGCAGGUGUUAAUGGGCAAAAUAGGUUGCAACAAGUAACAUUUCUCUCAACUGUUCUCAGCUAUGAUUGACAUAAAAAAUUAUUUAAAAUGUGGCUCACUCUGCCUACUAUUGUACAAAUUUAAACAUUCACUUGUUAAACAGGUAAGAAAGCAUUGUAAUAUAUUCUUCAGCAUCUAAACUCAACUUAUUUGAAAAUUUGGGUGUGCUCAGCAUGUCCCACACUUGUAACCCAGCCAAGUAACAUGACCCAUUGUUAUACCUCUAAUUAACCACAGUGAAAGAGGUUUAGAAAGCUAGACUUAAAACAAACAAAAACUCCUACACUGUGAGUAGAUUAGACAAUUCAUGUCAAUAGCUUAUUACCGCAAAUAAGCAGAUCACUGGUAAGGACCUGCGGAGGAAGCUGACACUUCUCAGACUGGAAGGUCUGAAGGGGUGACCUGGCGCCACAAUUUCCUCCUCUCCCUCCUACAGGGGAAACUCUCCUUAGCGUCAGAAUUGCUGUUUGAAAGCUUCAGGUCCUCUGGGAAGCAAGGGAUGGCAAUGACGGUCAUUAAGCCCGGCUCAAGUUCUGAGGGCUGUACGUGAGUGGCUCCCUCGUUUUGAAGAUACACACCACAUGCUGAAGGCUUAAGUGACAGUCUGAAUGAGGUGGCAGCUGUUGUGUGCGUCUGGGUCCCUUCAGAUGAUCACUCUAAAAAUGAUUUUCCCCGUGAGACAAUUUAUACUUUAAAACAUUCAAUUGUUAAGUGUUUUAAUACUUUUGCUCUCAAACUGUGGUGACAUUACCAUGACAAUAAGCUUGAAAAAAACGCACUUCUUUUCCUCACAUACUAAUAAACAUAACAUCAUUGUACCAAAUAAUACAGAUAGAAAUUGUGCUAGAAACUAGGAAUGCUUAGUACAACCUGCCAAGGAAAUCCUCCAAAUACAACAUCAUAAGAAAUGUGAGUUAAUACGUGGAUGAUCCAUUUAAACAGAUUUAUAGGUUAGAAUAAAGAUUACACAAGUAGCUGUCAGUGAAAAUUUUAUUGUAAUAUGGUAAUUUAUGACAUUAGUCUCUUUUCUCAACUUUGUGUGAAAUCAAUAAAGAAAUGUUAGCUACUCUGACAACCUUGAAACAGAGUCCAGGAAGGUAACCCACAGCAUGACUAUUAUAACGAAAUCCAGACAUUUACCUGGGAUGAAACAGAAAAUUCAUAUAUACAAAGAUAUACAUUCAAAUUUGCAUAGCUGUCAAAUUAGAACUGUCUCUCAGCUCUAUCAAAAAAUAAAAGGAAAAAAAAAACACAUGUUUGAGGUAUUGUGUAUUUCCCUAAUACAGUUAAAAAAAUUUUUGCAGAUCACUAAGUGGUAUGUUUCAACAUUUCCAUAUAAACACACAGAAAAUUUACCAAUCAUGUUAUACUACCCCCUUCCUUUCAAAAGAUAUACAACAAAAACUCUUAUUAAAUACCCAGCAUAAAUGUAUGCCAUAAUUCGCUAAGCAGCCACCUGUAAGGUAGUGUUUAUUAUUUGGCUGUGAUGUGUAUCUCCUACAAGAACUGUUUAAUUUAGAAGACAGACUCUUUUUCUGGUUUCAGCUAUGCCGACGACUUGGGCAAAUUAUUUCAAAAAUACUUAAGAACUAUCUUUUUUGGGCUCUGACUUAUAAAAUGAAGUAGCUGGAAUAGAGCAGUAGUGGGGAAAGCAUAAGUGGGGAAAGCAAGGGUAUGGCUUCAUAAAGACUGCCUGACAGCUUGUUAAGACAGAUAUUUUCCAGAAAUACUGUAAAGAUUGUUUCCCAGAAGAUCAGGGGUAUCUGUAUAAUCUAACAAAUGCCUUAGGCACUCUGACAUUCUGGCUUUGGGAACCACACGACUAAGUGAUCUCCACAUUCUUUCUGCACUAACAAUUUCUGAUUUGUUUGGGGUUUGCUAGGCAAAUAUAAGAGGUCACAAAAUUUAAAUAAUUACUCAUUCACAAUUUUUUAAACCUUUUAAUUUGUAACUAAGACUCAGAAGAAGUUGCAAAAACAGUACAGUUUGUAUACUUCACCCAACUUCCCCUUAAUAACAUAUUUGAUAACCAGAGUAUAUUUUCAAAACCAGUAAAUUGACAUUACAACAGUAUUCACUAAAUUACAGAACUUCCUUGUAUUUCAUCAAUUUUCAUAUGCAUUUUUUGGGGACUAUGAAAUUCCAUCACAAGUAUUGAUUUGUGUAAACACAACCACAAUCAGGACACAGAACUGGUCCAUCACCACAAAGACACUCCCUCCUGCCUCCCUUUUAUAGUUGUUUCUACCCCCAUCAUUCAUCCUUGGCAACCACCCAUCUCUUCUCCAUCGCUAUAAUUUUGUCAUUUCAAGAAGUUUAUAUAAAUGAAAUGAUACAAGACGUAUGUAACCUUUUCAGAUUGGCUUUUUGUGCUUAGCAUACAAAAGAUCCAUAGAGGGGGCUUCCCCAGUGGCACAGAGGUUAAGAAUCCACCUGCCAAUGAAGGGGACAGGUUCGAUCCCUGGUUGGGGAAGAUCCCACAUGCCGCGGAGGAACUAGGUCUGUGUGCCACAACUACUGAGCCUGUGCUCUAGAGCCCGUGAGCCACAACUGUUGAGCCUAUGUGCCACAACUACUGAAGCCCACCUGCCUAGAGCCUGUGCUCUGCAACAAGAGAAGCCACCACAAUGAGAAGCCUGUGCACCACAACGAAGAGUAGCCCCUGCUCAUCACAACUAGAGGAAGCCCACACACAGCAACGAAGACCCAACACAGCCAAUAAAUAGAUAAAUAAAUAAUAAAUUUAUUUUUAAAAAAAGAUCCAUAGAAGUUGUUGCAUGCAACAAGUGUCUUUUAUGACUGAGUAGCAUUUCAUUUUAUGGAUGUAACCACAGUUUAUCUAUUUGCCCACUGAAGGACAUUUAGGUUGCUUCUAGUUCUUGACUAUCACAAAUAAGGUUGCCAUGAACAUGUGUGUACAGAAAUUUGUGUGGGAGACAUUUCAUUUCUGUGUGAUAACUACCCAGGAGUGCAACUGCUGGAUCCUAAGCAUAUGAUACCUUUAUAAGGAACUGCCAAACUUUUCUAGAGUGGCUGUACCAUUCCAGAGUCCCACCAACAGUCCAGUUGCUCUACAGUCUUGCCAAUGCUUGGUAUUGUCAGUAUGUUUUAGUCAUUUGGUAGGUGUAUAGUGAUAUCUCUUUAUGAUUUUAAUUUGCAUUUUCCUCAUGGCUAAUGAUGUGAAUCAUCUUUUCAUGUGCUUGGCUUCUCUUCAGUGAAAUGUUUGUUUAUUCAUCCAUUUUGUAGUAGGACUGUUUUCUUACAUUUGAGAUUAGGGAGUUCAUAUUUUUUUUAAUGACAUUAAAAAAAUUUACUUAUUUAUUCAUUGGCUGCUUUGGGUCUUCAUUGCUGCACGUGGGCUUUCUCUAGUUGUGGCUUGUUGUGGAGCACAGGCUCUAGGCACAUGGGCUUCAGUAGUUGUGGCACGUGGGCUCAGUGGUUGUGGCUUGCAGGCUCUAGAGCACAGGCUCAGUAGUUGUGGUGCAUG